UCAUCCAGCGACGUUCUCCCAAACCGCGAGUGGUUGAAGCGCCUGCUCUCAAAAUGGCACCAUCACCCACAAAGAGGAAGGAGGAUGAAAAAACAAAAGACAAAGGCAAAGAAAAGUCUUCUACCAAGGAAGGAGACAAAGAUAGAGGGCGGGAUAAAGUAAGGAAACGCCGGAGUGCUUCCUCUGGCACCAGCAGCAGCAGAUCUAGCUCUUCCUCUAGCAGCAGCUCUGGUUCCAGCUCAGGUUCUUCAAGUGGAUCUAGUUCAUCUGGUUCCAGCCGUUCCGGAUCUUCUAGCUCCCGAUCAUCCUCUUCUUCCAGCUCCUCAGGUUCCCCCAGUCCCAGCCGGAGACGCCACGACAACCGCCGCCGCUCUCGUUCACCCUCAAAAACACAGAAGCGGGGAGACGACAAGGAACGAAGGAAAAGAAGCCCCACCCCCAGGCCAACCAAGGUCCACUUAGGAAGGCUGACCAGGAAUGUAACAAAAGAGCACAUUCAGGAGAUAUUUUCCACUUAUGGUAAAAUCAAAGUGGUUGAGAUGCCAAUGGACAGGCUUCACCCACAUCUGCCCAAGGGCCGUGCUUAUGUUGAGUUUGAGACCCCAGAUGAGGCUGAGAAAGCCCUCAAACACAUGGAUGGAGGCCAGAUUGAUGGACAGGAAAUCACUGCAGCUGCUGUAUUGACUCAACGAGUGCGUCCGCCACCUCGUAGACUGUCUCCUCCUCCCCGCAGAAUGCCCCCACCACCACCAAUGUGGCGCCGCAGUCCACCACGCAUGAGGAGAAGGUCACGCUCGCCAAGGAGACGGUCCCCAGUGCGUCGCCGCUCCCGUUCCCGGUCUCCUGGUCGCAGGCGCCAUCGCUCUCGUUCCAGUUCUAAUUCGUCCAGAUAGACAGAUCUGCAUUUAGAUACCAUGUGGUCUUACAACAGAUAAGCUAAAAUUGUUGCUGUCUGAGACUCAACAGACGUUAAUCUGUUUAGUCAACUGUCUAUAUGGGAAGAGAAAAAGUGCUUUUCUUUUAUUGUGCUUAUUGAUUAUGAAAAACUUGUUUAGUUCUUUUGUCUGUUUUUCAUCUAAGACCUGAUAAUUUUCACUUAAAAUGUGAUUUCUUUUUACUUUGUAUUGGAUUUUUAGACACUGAAAAAUAAAAAAAACUAAUGAAGA